AUGCCUUUCGCCCAGCUCAUACUAGGUAGCCCGGGAUCGGGCAAGAGCACUUACUGCGAUGGAAUGCACCAGUUCAUGGGCGCGAUCGGUCGUGAGUGUUCUGUCGUCAACCUUGAUCCCGCCAAUGACAAGACCAACUACCCUUGCGCCCUCGACAUCCGCGACCUAGUCACUCUCGAGGAUAUCAUGGCCGAAGACCAGCUUGGACCAAACGGCGGCGUUUUGUAUGCCUUUGAAGAGCUGGAGCAAAACAUGGAGUGGCUCGAGCAGGGCCUCAAAGAGCUUGGAGAGUCCUACGUCUUGUUCGACUGCCCAGGUCAGGUCGAGUUAUAUACACACCAUGGUGCGUUACGAAAUAUCUUCUUCAAGCUUCAGAAACUCGGAUACAGACUUGUCGUUGUCCAUUUGUCAGACAGCUUCUGUUUGACGCAACCCUCCUUAUACAUCUCCAACCUCCUCCUGACCUUACGGGCCAUGCUGCAAAUGGACCUUCCGCAUAUCAACGUUCUCACCAAGAUCGACAAGAUUUCGUCCUACGAUCCUUUGCCGUUCAACCUCGACUUCUAUACCGAGGUGCAGGAUUUGUCGUAUCUCACACACCACCUUGAGCAGGAAUCGCCAGCAAUGCGGAGCGACAAGUUCGCCAAGCUCAACCAAGCCGUAGCGGACCUCGUCGAGAACUUCUCGCUCGUUCGAUAUGAGGUGCUCGCCGUGGAGAACAAGAAGAGCAUGAUGCAUCUCCUUCGCGUCAUUGAUCGAGCUGGUGGCUACAUCUUUGGCGGGGCUGAAGGUGCGAACGACACUGUCUGGCAGAUUGCCAUGCGCAACGAAGGAUCCAUGAUGGAGGUGGCCGACAUCCAGGAACGAUGGGUCGAUUCGAAGGAGGCAUACGACGCCGCCGAACAGCGUGAGUGGGACGAGCAGACCGGCAACGCGGACGCCGGCACUGGGGCGACAACUCCCGACCUGAUCCCGGACGAGGACGACGAUGAAUAUGACGGUUUGCCCCCGCCCGUGGGUGACAGUGGUGUCAAACUUAUUCGGAGAGCAAGACCAUGA